UGUUAUAGUAGAAACCAAGAUUACCAUCACAUGUCUGUGUACUGUUAUUCUUACCAUUACCACAAAUAACAAAACAGACACAUAAGAAAAGUGUGGUGUGGUGGUUGGACUUGAAUUGAAACAAUGGAAGGGAUGAUGCAGUUACCAUACAAGACGACGGUGAAGCUGAUGCUUGGUUCACUUGAGCGUAAUUUGCUCCCUGAUGCUAUCAUAAGAAGAUUCACACGUUUGCUUUUGGCUACUCGUCUUCGCUCUGGUUACAAAUCUUCCUCUCAACUUCAGCUCUCUCAUCUUCUCCAAUUUGUACAUUCUUUACAAGAGUUGCCUAUUGCAGUCAAUACUGAUAAGCCAAAAUCUCAACAUUAUGAAUUACCAACCUCUUUCUUCAGGCUGGUUCUUGGAAAUAAUCUCAAGUACAGUUGUUGUUAUUUCUCUUCUGCCUCAAAGACACUAGAAGAUGCUGAAGAAGAAAUGUUGAAACUGUAUUGCGAGAGAUCAAACCUGGAAGAUGGUCAUACAGUUCUCGAUGUCGGAUGCGGUUGGGGGUCAUUGACAUUAUACAUUGCCAAGAAUUACAGUAAUUCCAGGGUUACCGGAAUCUGCAAUUCCACGACUCAAAAAGCUUAUAUUGAGGAGAAAUGCUUGGAGCUGCAGCUGCAAAAUGUGGAUAUCAUUGUUGCAGACAUUAGUACAUUUGAAAUGGAAGCUUCUUAUGACAGAGUAUUUUCCAUAGAAAUGUUUGAGCAUAUGAAGAACUAUAAAGAUCUUCUCAACAAGAUAUCCAAAUGGAUGAAAGAAGAUAGCCUUUUAUUUGUUCAUCAUUUCUGCCAUAAAGCAUUUGCCUACCACUUUGAGGACAACAAUGAAGAUGAUUGGAUUACAAGAUACUUCUUUACGGGAGGAACUAUGCCUGCAGCAAAUCUACUUCUUUAUUUCCAAGAUGAUGUUUCUGUCGUCAACCAUUGGCUGGUAAAUGGGAAACACUAUGCACAGACCAGGUUGGAAUAUGCUAAAUUGCUCAAUAUGUUGUUAUAUUCCAUCCAUAGUUUAUUUGUUUAUAUAGCAAGUUUGAAAUGUAUUACUGAAGCAAAAAUGAAUUUAUGUUGCAGUGAAGAGUGGCUCAAAAGAAUGGAUAAGAACAUGAGUUCCAUCAAGCCAAUUAUGGAAUCAACAUAUGGCAUAGAUUCAGCUACUAAAUGGACUGUCUAUUGGAGAACAUUUUUCAUAGCUGUAGCAGAACUUUUUGGAUACAAUAACGGCGAAGAAUGGAUGGUUGCACACUUUCUUUUCAAAAAGAAAUGAAGAAAGCCGGAAUCAUUCUUCUCUUGGUUUGCGAUUUGAGUAUGGAUUUAAAAGGGAACAAACAAUUCAACGAGGCUGAAUACUUCAAUAUUUAUUGUAUACUUUAUUGAUAAACUAGUUUUAUUUGGUUGUCUGCCUAUGUUUUUGUGAUAAAGUGAGUUUUCACUUGGAAAAUAAAUAUCACCAGAGAUCAAUGCCAAAUGGCCUUUGUAGUUGAAAAUGAAGGUGAAUGAACAAAAUCUAUUCUAGUAUGGUUGGUA